GUGUGACCUGAUUGUCGCCAUUGAGUUGGUUGUAUCGGCCGGAGUCAGUUGUCGCACACGGAUAUCGUCCGGUGGAUCACCAGCAUAACAAGCAAGCAUGUCUUACGCGGCGACAAUUUUAGGCAGCUGGGCAUCCUACAACAAGUUGGUGUCCAGCAAUGAUGACGACUGGGUGGACAGACUGAACCAUCUCUACACGGUCAUCCUGCUGGCCAUCUUCGCUGUCUUCGUCACCGGUGGUCAGUAUGCCGGCAACCCCAUCGAGUGCUGGGUGCCGGCACAUUUCACGGACGCCUUUAGGGCGUACACCAAAUCCUACUGCUGGGUCAAGAACACGUACUACAUCCCCAUCGACACACCCAUCCCGACGGUGAAGGGUGAGAGGAGCCAGGAGGAGCUGACCUACUACCAGUGGGUGCCGGUCAUCCUGCUCUUCAUGGCCUUCCUCUUCAAGUUCCCCGCCCUGAUCUGGAGGAUGCUCAACGGCGCUUCCGGCAUCAACAUGGACAAGAUCGUCACCAUGACAGCCGACACGCAGUACGGCGACCUGAAGAAACGUGACGACACGCUCAACCACAUCACUUCCUACCUGGACAGGUGGCUCAACACCCACAAGCAGUACCGCUACAACAUCAUGGUGCGCAUGCGCCAGAAGUUCUACCGCUACUUCUGCCUGUGCUGCGCCAAGCGAGACGGCACUUUCCUCACUGGCCUCUACAUCUUCGUCAAACUUCUCUACGUCACCAACGUCAUCGUUCAGUUUUUCUUGCUCAACGCUUUCAUGGGCGACUGGUACCACGUCUACGGGUUCGAGGUUCUGGAAGGUUUGACCACUGACCGGACGUGGACCGACUCUGCGCGGUUCCCCAAGGUGACGAUGUGCGACUUUGAGAUCCGCCAGCUGGCCAACAUCCAGACGUACACGGUGCAGUGUGUCCUGCCCAUCAACCUGUUCAACGAGAAAAUCUUCAUCUUCCUCUGGUUCUGGUUUGUCUUUGUGGCCGUCUGCACAUCUGGCAACUUCCUGUUCUGGAUCUGGCGGGCCUUGGUCAAGAACAGCCAGGCCGCCUACAUCAAGAAGUAUCUGUCCAUCCUUGACCAAGUCAGGACCACAGAAGACAAGAAGUUGGCCCGCAGAUUUGCUGAAGAAUAUCUGCGUGACGACGGCGUCUUUAUCCUGCGUCUGAUUGCCAGGAACACGAGUGACAUCCUGAUAGGGGACUUGAUCCUCAAGAUGUUCAACAGGUUCAAGGACAAGCCGGCCAUCAAGGCUAGCAGGACCAAUGAUGAGGAGGGAGGCUAUAUGUACACCUCAGAACCAGACAUGAAGAAAUAAAGUUUUUAACGCACAGAAAGACAGGGUUUAGAUGGAGUUCAGAAUUACAAAUUAAAUAAAAAUUGACAUCACAAACAUUUGAAUGUAGUUUGUGCUGAGUUGAUGUACACUAAAUCAAAUAUCAUUCCAGAUUUAUUGGGAAAAUAAUUUCAGUGUCUCCCCAUAAUGGGUGAUAGACUGACCGUACCUAGAUUAUAUUUAAUGAGUGCCGCUGUAGCUGCCUCAGCGGUUGAGAUGUUGAUCAGUGUCUUUCUUGUCAAUUAUUUAUUGGGGUGUUUUAUAAACUUUUUCAUGUCAUUAAGUAGUGAUGUACAUACUCGACAAUUGCUAGCCAGUUAUGUGCCUUUUUAUACUAGUUAAAUACAUAGUUUUACACUAUACAUGUUUGUAAACUAAGUAUUCAUGUAAUGGGGUUCUUAUGUGAUCCUGUGAAGGUUUUGUUCAUUGUUUCUGUAAUGUCAUGCCUAAUUAAGUGUUGUCAGUGAGCACUGAAUGAUUGUGUUGUGCCAUCAGAGCCGGCGUUAGGGGGUGGCAAACGGGGCGGUCGCCCCAGGCCCCGCGCUUGAAGGGGCCCCGCGCUUCAGCAACGCCAUUGUUGCCUGAAUUAGUUUGUAAACUUAAAUAAUCUUUGCUGAAUUAAAUUUAAAAAAAAACAACUAAAUGGCCGAAAUGGUUGGAUGUUAAAACUGAGGCCACGGCUGAUGUUAGUGAGUUAUCCUCUACAUGGACUGGGACAGACCGUUAUUCUAAAAAAAUACAUUAGGGUCACACAUCGCUGACACGGUCGACUCGCUAUUGUCCUGAGGUGACUGGAUAUGGCGGUCGCGAAUUAGCCCCCGACCUGACAUUGGAGGUAAAAUCGGGAAAAACGUAAACAGAUACCCUAUUGUUUGUGGACCGUUGAAGACGUUUUUUUUAGUGAGCAGGCGGGGGUGCCUGUAGUAAACAGUCAGUGACCUGAUAAUGGCUUGCAGAGGAGGAGGGGGGGGGAGCGGAUGGGGACAUGCCCCUUCCCGGGAAAAACUUUCAAAUUUUCGAUUUGCACACCCCCCCCCCCUCUAACUUUCAAUUUGCACCCCCCUCCUCAAACUUUCGAUUUGCACCCCGCUCGAGUUUUCGAUUUUCACCC